GUUGCGAAUCGCCGUUUGCGGAAAUCCAGCGCCUACAGACAAUGUCAAAACAAACUGUUACAAGAUGAAAUCAACGCCAAACACGCAAGAAUACGAAUAUUAUCAGCGCAAGCAACAACAACACACGCGAACCUGGCUUCACUUGUUUCUACGCUUGAUUUUAUUCACCUAAAGAACAUUUCCGAUCGUGAAAAUUCAAAGAAAUUGAACCAGCAUCAACGUGUUCAAGAUCGAAAGUUAUUUCGCCUAAACGCUGAGCAAAAACACUCAAACACAAUAGAUCCGAAUGCAGUG